AUGACCGAACAGAUCCUCGGACGACACACGCCGCGCAGGCGCGCUUCCAUCAGAGCAUUGCUAGACCAAGUCCCCGAGAACGGCCUAGAGUCCGUCAUCGAUGCGUUGGCCAGGGUUGGUCCAGAAAGGCACCGAUCGCUACUAGAGCACGUCCUUCGAGAUGAGAAUUCCCCACCACCUUCUCCCACUCGUCCUCCGUCCCCUCCUCCUCCCGCUCGUCCUCCGUCCCCUCCUCCUCCUCCCGCUCAUCAUCCGUACCUUCCUCUUCCCACUCAUUAUCCGUACCUUCCUCCUCCCUCCAUGCCACAGCCACGAGCAAUGCCAUCGCUUCUGGUGAUAUCAUUCGUCGGCUUGGUCUUGGCAGGCUGGGUGGCGAUGACGGAGAUGACGGAGAUGACGGGCUUGGCGGCGAUGACGGGUUGGGCGGCGAUGACGGGCUGGGCGGCGAUGAAAGGCUGGGCGAUGGAGGAGAUCAACAAGCUGCUGCCACUGCCGCCACUGCCGCCGAAUCCACCAGCCUACAGCUACGGCGCGAUGCGGAAUGAGACGAUACGGCGGGGCGCAGAGGCGAUGGAGGCGGCAAUGGCGCCGAUUGAGGGCCGGUUGGAGCUGACCAUGCUGUCCAACAUGGGGGUGCGGUUGCAGGCUGGCCUAGCUGCCGUGUCCCAUGACUACCUCGGCCUGUGGGCCGUCUUCAACACGAAAAACCGGACGGUGAUCGACAAUUACAAGCAGCUAGAAGCAAUCGGCAGCUACGCGACGACGCACCUGCAGAGCGGGCUGGAGGACAUGGAGUUCGAAUUACAGAAGGCCAUCGUGGGGUCGUCCGAACGGGUCAACCUCACGGCCAUACGGGUGUCACAGCUGCUCGAGAUGGCGGACGACGACAUCGUCGGGAUCUGGGGACCCCGGCAGCGGCGUUUGAGCCCAUUGGCCAUCUUCCUCCGCCGUCUGCACAUCCUGCCGGACGACGACCACGACAUCACGCCUGACCCUCGGCUGAUACGCGACCGCACCCUGUGGGAAACAGUAUGCAGCUGCCAGGCCUUUAUUCUAAGCAUAAACGACUACCUGCUGCAGGAGUCGCUCGGGGUGAAGCAGAUGAUUGCGACUACCGAGAAGGACUUCAUGCCGAUUAAGAUAUUCAUGACAAAUGAAGUGAAGAUGCGCAUGCGCGAAGCCAAAGCAAAAGUAAACGACAUCGAAGAGCGCUACAACAAAUCGAUGGAGGAUUGGGGCGAGUCGUCAGCGAACCGUUGGUAUAACUCGUCUGGCUACUGGACGAGCGCCGUUGGCUGGCUUCUAAACGGCCAAAAGCCUCCAGUCUGGCCCCAAUACGACCUCUCCUCCCCCACGAGAACUAUGGACGACCUCGAGAUAGCCCAGGGCGACCUUGAACUCACUAAUGCCACCAUAGUGUCCAUUAGAGACCACCUUAAAGCUUCGCGCAUGCUAAUUGACUAUUCCGAUAUAGGCGAUGCCACUAAGCACAAUAUCGACUACAAGGCCACUCGUCCCUGCCCGUUACUGUUGGCCAACACCGAAAAUUCGACGAAUAUCUUUAGGGCCUCGCUCCAGGCGCCCCAGGAAAUGCUACACACCCUUGAUAAGCACGUCGCCGCUUUUGAGAAGCGACUGCUUAACUGGAAUAGUAAACCGUUCUACGACUCUUUCGACCAGGCGGAGGAGAACUAA